GCCGCUUCCAGGUGGUCGGUCAGGCGCUUCAACACACGCCCCGCGCGAUCCAUCCCUCCCUCCGCCUGCAGCUCAUCAACCCGGCCGGGCCUCUUUUUUCCUCUUCACACCCACCCGAAUUCGUCGCCAGCGUUCCCGCCGUCUCCGUUGCACCUCUGUGAAGCAACUCCUUCCUUUCCCCUCUUUCCUCGCACGCAAGCGCAGGGAAAAAAGAGAAUCAAGGAUACGACGCGACACCUUCGGCCUUGUUCGUUCGUCUUUUUGCGUGCGCUGCGUCGGCUCUCGACCCCUCCCUCUCCUCACCCACCCCUCCGCUCAUCUGCCUGCCGCCUCUUUUGACGUUCCCCGCCCCGGGCUUGCUCUCCUCUCCUCGCUUCGCUCCGCCGCGCGCGUCCAGACCACGAUGCCCGUCUCGAUCGAGGAGCUCGACAGCACGGUCCGCACCUUUUACGAAGGUCGCGGGGACCAGCAAAAAGCCGCCCAGGCCGCUUUGAACCAGUUCAAGGAAGAUCCCGAUGCGUGGCUCAUGGUAGACAAGAUUCUAUCAGACGCACAGUAUCCACAGACCAAAUAUCUGGGCCUACAGGUCCUCGACAAUGUCAUUUCGACAAGAUGGAAAGUCCUGCCGCGGGACCAGUGCCAAGGCAUCCGAAACUUCAUUGUGCAGUUCAUCAUCCAGAGCUCGAGCUCCGAGGAGGCCCUGCAAAGCAACAAGACCCUCCUCAACAAGCUCAACCUCGUCCUCAUCUCCGUCCUGAAGCAAGAAUGGCCCCACAACUGGCCGACCUUCAUCAACGAGAUCAUCUCAUCCUGCCACGCGAACCUGUCGAUUUGCGAGAACAACAUGAUUAUUCUGCGCCUUCUCUCGGAGGAGGUGUUUGACUACUCGGCUGAGCAGAUGACGUCCACGAAAACGAGGAACAUGAAGCAGACCAUGUGCGCCGAGUUCUCACAAAUCUUCCAGCUCUGCCAGGAGGUGCUCACGACGGCCGAUCAACCCAGCCUCGUCAAGGCAACGCUCGAGACUCUCCUUCGCUUCUGCAACUGGAUUCCUCUCGGCUACAUCUUUGAGACGAACCUGAUCGAUACUCUCCGCACCCGCUUUCUGUCGGUUCCCGAGUUUCGCAACAUCACGCUGCAGUGCCUAACGGAGAUUGGUGGACUGCAGACCGGAGGCGCGGGUCAGGCCAACUCCUACGACGAGCAGCUCGUCAAGAUGUUCACCGAGGUCCUCACGACCAUCGCAGACAUUAUCCCCGUGUCACUCGAUCUCAAGUCUACUUACCCCAGUAGCAACUCGCGAGACCAGGAGUUCGUCCAGAACCUUGCACUCUUCCUCUGCAACUUUUUCGGGGCGCACCUAAAUCUGAUCGAGAACCUGCCGAAUCGCGACUACCUGCUCCAUGGACACUACUAUUUGAUCCGGAUAUCACAGAUCGACGAUCGCGAGAUUUUCAAGAUUUGCCUCGACUACUGGCUGAAGCUGGUUCAGGAACUCUACGAGGAAAUGCAGCAACUGCCCAUUACCGACUUGAACCCGCUCAUGGCCGUCGGCGGUGGCAUGUCCGGUAGUGGCGCGCCGAACCCCUCGCUCCUGAUGAACUACCCACUACGAAAGCACAAGUACAAUGAGGUGCUCUCGAACCUUCGAGUUGUUAUGAUCGAGCGCAUGGUUCGACCCGAGGAAGUGCUGAUCGUCGAAAACGACGAGGGAGAGAUCGUGCGCGAGUUUGUCAAGGAGAGCGAUACCGUCCAGCUGUACAAGACCAUCAGGGAAUGUCUCGUUUAUCUCACUCACUUGGAUGUGGUGGACACCGAGAACAUCAUGACCGAGAAACUUGCUCGGCAAGUUGAUGGCUCGGAGUGGUCUUGGCACAACUGCAAUGUGCUUUGCUGGGCCAUCGGCUCUAUCUCGCUGGCCAUGAACGAGGAAACGGAAAAGCGGUUCCUCGUCACCGUCAUCAAGGACCUCCUCGGACUUACAGAGAUGAAGCGAGGCAAGGACAACAAGGCUGUCGUGGCCAGCAACAUCAUGUACAUUGUCGGCCAGUACCCUCGCUUCCUUAAAGCCCACUGGAAGUUUCUCAAGACUGUCGUCAACAAACUCUUUGAGUUUAUGCAUGAGUCGCAUGAAGGUGUCCAGGACAUGGCUUGCGAUACGUUCAUCAAGAUUGCUCGACAAUGCCGGCGGCAUUUCGUGGCACUGCAGCCAAGCGAACAAGAACCCUUUAUCGAAGAGAUUGUGCGCAACAUGGGCAAGAUUACCUGUGAUCUUACACCGCAGCAGGUGCACACGUUCUACGAGGCCUGCGGUUACAUGGUCGCAGCUCAGGGCAACAAGCACCAGCAGGAGAGACUGCUUGCUGACUUGAUGAAUAUCCCGAACGCUGCCUGGGAUGAGAUCAUUAAGCAGGCCACGGUCAACCCAUCAAUCUUGCAGGACGCCGAGACGAUCAAGGUUAUUGGCAACAUCAUGAAGACCAAUGUGUCUGCAUGCACGUCUAUUGGACCUUAUUUCUACCCGCAGAUUGGCCGCAUCUACCACGACAUGCUUCAGAUGUACCGUGCAACCAGCACACUAAUUUCCGAGGCUGUUGCUCGAGACGGCGAACUCGCGACCAAGAUGCCAAAGGUCCGCGGUCUGCGGACGAUCAAGAAGGAGAUCUUGAAGCUCAUCGAGACGUACGUUGAGAAGGCCGAGGAUCUCCAGGCCGUGCGAGCCCAGAUGGUUCCGCCGCUCUUGGACUCCGUUCUGGUAGAUUACAACCGAAACGUGCCCGGUGCCCGCGACGCAGAGGUCUUGAAGGCCAUGUCCACUAUUAUCACUAAGCUCUCGGCUCUCAUGGAGGACCAGGUGCCUACCAUCAUGGAGAACGUCUUUGAGUGCACUCUGGACAUGAUCAACAAGGACUUCUCCGAAUUUCCCGAACACCGAGUUGAGUUCUUCAACUUGCUGCGGGCCAUUAAUUUGCACUGCUUCCCAGCCCUGUUGAAGCUGGACAACAACCAGUUCAAGUUUGUCAUCGAUUCCUGCUCAUGGGCGUUCAAGCAUGACAACCGAGAUGUCGAAGCGGCAGGCCUCAACAUGUGCUUGGAGCUUAUUAACAAUAUUGCCGACAAGACGGACGUCGCCACUGCUAAUGCAUUCUUCCAGCGCUUCUUCAUGACGAUCUUGCAGGAUGUGCUCUUUGUGGUGACGGAUAGCGACCACAAGGCUGGGUUCAAGACUCAGUCGAUGCUAUUGAUGAAGCUGUUCUACUUUGUCCAGCCGGCAGACGGAUCGCAGCCCAAGAUCCAGGGUCCCAUCUACACUCCCGAUCUGGCCCAGGCGGGAACUGCCAACAAGGAUUUUGUGGGCAACCGAGUUGCGACCAUGCUUCGCAAUGCCUUCCCCAACUUGCAAGCGGCGCAAGUUGCGAGCUUCGUAGAGGGGCUUUUCAACCUCAACACGCAAUACGACAAGUUCCGUCUGAACCUCCGAGAUUUCCUCAUCUCCCUCAAGGAGUUUGCCGGCGACAACGCAGAGCUUUACAUUGUCGAGAAGGAACAACAGGAGCGGGAUGCCAAGGCUGCCGACAUGGAGAGGCGACAGAAGGUUGGUGGUCUACUCAAGCCGUCUGAGAUCGACGACGAGGAGUUGUGAAUCCGCCAGGAGCUCAGGACCGAGUUCACGCCGCGUCUGGAGAGGAAAGAAUCACUCGAGGCAGAGCACAUCAGCAGUCGGGACUGGGUCGGAGACGGCUGGGAAUUUUACGGAGUGUAAAGUCUGCUCCUCAUGACCCAGUACCGAGGCCCCUCACUCGAGACGUGGCAGGCCUCGGGCCGGCAUUUUUCUUUGAUGUUUCCCGUAAUGAUACCAAGAUUAGAUCAGUCGCCGCUUGUGGCAGCCUCGACGGGAAAGAAGGCACAGGCGGGCCGUCGACAACCGCAGAAUCGAGAAGGAAAAAGCAUCUCCUUUUUGCGUUUGGUGAUGUACUGCCCGGGCACUGACCGAGACGUUAUUGAUGGAGGAAGCGCAUACUUUUCGGGGGUCGAGGAGUUGUCAUCGAGACCAUUGGGCCGAGAGUGAGGCCAGGGGUUGGCAGGUUGGGACUAAAAAAAGGGGGGCGUGCGAAGGGAUUUGGACGACGAAGCCUUGAGGAUGUAGAUGGCUGGGGUGAUGGUCGUCAAUGGUGGACGAAGAUUGCUGUCUAGCCUUAUGAGACUUGAGAAUAUUUGGAUGACAUGGGCGCG